GAGACGAAAAUCGCUUCUGGUUUAUUCUUCUCGAAGUUCCAGGAGAGACUGGAGGCUUUAGGGAUGACCUUCGAGGUACUAAAUUCCGCUGGGAACAAGAUGGAGAUCGUCAACAGCAACUUCUUGAAUUCCGAUACCGCUGUGUCCCUCCGGAAGCCGAGCGGCGUGAAAUUAGAUCACGGCGACACGCGGCUGCGGAUUGCGUAUUUGCAGCUGAUCGGGCAGGGGUUGUUGACGGUGGAACAAUCCGGUAUCGUGGAUUCGACCGCUUUUUUGACGCAACAAGCGGUGACGAAAACGACAUUACGGAACAAGAGCGUCCGCCCGUUAUUAGUGUCCGCUUUUGACCAGCUGAAAGACCAAGCAGUUUCCUUCUGGACUACCAGCACCGCGAACAGCAAAACCUCGACCGCGUAUUGGGAGCAGAUCCAGAACAAGUACAAGGCGAAAUCCGCGUAUGUCCGGCGGUCCUGGCCACUGACGAAGGACGAUGGAACAACUCAUCAGGGCUUUGAAUACGACAUUCUGGUGGAACUCCAAGACGUGACCAUGAAGGAGAUCGCGGUGUUGAAGUCCAGUUUGCAGCAACUUGGUGUGAAGCAGAAGUUCAAAGAGUUGAUCACAACCACCUUCGCCGCAGCGACCACCCCAUCAGCCAUGACGAUCACGUUUGAACAAGAUACCAACUCUGUCCUCCAAGUGAAGCAGAAAUCCCACACGGAGUUCACAAUCCAACUCGCGAUCGGCCCGAAAUCGAAAUUCGCCUGCCCGGCGUUGACGUCCGCGAAGGGUAUGAUCGAUAAAAACGCCUGGAAGGGGUUUGAUCAGUUGAAAGUGUACUACGAUGUGGAUAAAGAUGAGGUGGUGCAAACACCACAGUUCAACGCCGCACAGGAUUUACCUGCUGGGUGUACCCUGCAGGAAAUCAUCGAUACUUGCGGCAAGUACAAGAAGGGGAAGAUCUAUGGAAGGAAAAAAAGUUUGUCACAGUCACUACUUGCAGCAUUAGCAGGUUUUGCAUGAGAAAUUUCAUUUCUGGCGUCCUCACAGCUUUUUCCUGUAUUGCAGAAACGCCAAGUUGUAGAAAGAAAUCUUACACAAAGCGUGUCUGUCAUGCAUUUUGAUGCAUGACAGGCGUUUUUGUAUUGCAGAAGUGCCCAUGAUGAGGGAUCGCGGCGAACUUUUUUUGUUGCAUAAGAUCCAUGAGCGGUGGCCGGAGUGGGGCAACAACCCACCGGAAUACGACAACGGCGAGGGUUUAGCAAAAACCGCUUUCUUAUGCAUUGCAAAAAUGUCUGGGUCUGGAAGGUUGCAACUUGUAAUGCUAAUUCUGGAUCGUGCAUAAAUCUGUGUUGCAUGAAUGCCAAAAGCUGUCCACUUUUGACCAAGUUGAGAGGAAGUUUCUCAUGCAGGAAAGGCAUGGCAGGGACCUCGUAGAGUCUGUCAUACUAAGUCCCGCACUCCAGACCUCAUGGGUCAUGGAAAAUCUGCAUGACAAGUUUACAACUUUCCAGACCCAGACAUUUUUGCAAUCCAUAUUUCUGGGGCUUCGCGGAAAAAGGGACCAUCAAAACUCUCGAGUGGGAGGGCCAGAACACUGGCGAGGGGAAGGUCCGUAUACUUUUCGGCAACUGCGCGCCACCGAUGUGCAACCGGGGGAACAACGGGAUCGACUCCAGGAAUUGGUCCUCGGCUUCCCUUAUGGAUUGCAAAAAUGUCUGGGUCUGGAAAGUUGGAACUUGUGAUGCUAACUUUGGACUCUAAAAAAAUCUGUAUUGCAUGAUCAGCAAGAGAAGUCUGGUUUGUGCUACGCGGGGAGGGCAUUUGUCAUGCGGAAUAGGCAUCAGGAAGCCCUCUAAAAAUCUGUGACGCUAGGCCAUGCAUUACAGACAUCCUGGGUCAUGCAAAAUAUGCAUGACAAACCCGGCAACAUUCCAGACCCAGACACUUUCGCAAUCCAUAUCCCUCUCGCCGCAUCGGGGUGGAACCAAGGGGUGGACCAGCUACCAGCACGUGGCAGGUGGCCAGCUCACCUGGGGCCCGAGUAACAGCGUCGCCAACCUAUCAAAUGCAAAUACGUUUGGGUCUGGGAGAUUGCGAGAUUUGUCAUGCUAGUCUGGCAUGACUCUAAACUCUGUAUUGUGUGGCCGCAAAGAGUUCCUCUUGCUUGUCAUACAAAAACGCAGUUUCUCAUGCGGAAUACGCAACUCAGAACCAUGGUAAAACUUGUCAUGCUUGGCAGCGCAUUACAGUGCGCUCCCUAUUCCCUUCCUUGCAUCACAAAUUUCCAGACCCAGACAUAUUUGCAAUCCAUACAACCCGCGGAUUUACGACUUUCCGCACCACCGGUUUUCGAAGGAGCACGAGUACGGAAACCUCCGGCUGCAAUUAAGGUCGAACCGGGAAGCCACGCAGCGAGAUUCGCAAAUCGCGGUUUUGAUCAUCUACCACUUCGAGUACGAUACCAGGGACCAGACUUAUGGGGGCUGCAAGGGCUCGCCCGGCUGGUCGGAUGUGGACAGUCAGAAAACGGCGCUGAUGAGCAUGAUGAAGAAAUCUACGGUUGACGGGUUGGAAUCGAUGUUUGGUGGGAACGUACCGCAGUUAUCCGACACCUACGCGAACGACGUGGAAAUUGGAGCGGGGCAUUCGGAAGAUUUGAAAUUCGACUUGAUGCUAUCGGAGUUGCCGUCGAUCGGGUUGUUAACCUCCGCGCAGUCCUCUGCCUACCCGUAUCCUGAGUAAAAACGUCCCCACACCAGAGUUGUAAUGCAGAUUUGCAAAGACACGAAGACUUGUAAUGCGCAUCCCCAUGAGAGCCAUUUCCAAUCGUGUUUUGGAAUUUGUAUGUAAUGCUGUGAACAGGAUGAGCAGAUGAAUCUGUGACGCGGCUGCACUUGCUAACCUGCACUACACUGCAGAGUGCAACUUGUCACGCGUGACUCACAAACCUCCUAGGUUUGUGUUGCAAAAUCUCCAUCCUGACUCUGGUGUGGGUACGUUUUUGCUCAGGAUAACCCGUAUGAGUUGAUCACUCUGUCUUUCGCCAUGCCGGUGGUGGACGAUCAGAUUCAGGGAGUGUUUGAACCCGAGCAGUAUGGGGGGAGUAAUGUCGACACCAGUCUGCGGACGAAGUUCAUCCAGACCAUCAACAGCAAAACCAUGGCAUAUAAAGACGCGACAGACCCCUGGAAGGGGAAUCUGGACUACUUGAAACUCGCACCGAACAGCUUUGAUGGAUUGACUGCGACGGAGUUCCGCUUCUUUGAGAGUGAACUGAAGAUCGAUGCUUUACCCGCAGAUAAAUCCGCCUACGUGUACUUAGAGAAGGACAACGGGAUGGAAAACGCGAUUGUGAAUACUUUGUACCCACUGUCUACUAGCACAACCCCAGCCGAAACGACCUUCACCUACGACAUCGGCGCCUCGGACAUCGGUGUCUGCCCGGUUGUGGAUGUCGAAACCGCGGCGAGUACAGCGGGUGGAAGUACAACCUCUGUCAGCAACAUUCCCUUGAUCCUCUCCCUCGCAAACAUGCGGGACAGCUACCAGAACGGGGUGCAGGUACCGGAGCGGAAGGAGUUGCAACUGGUUAUCAAAGUGAAAAAUCCCCCCUCUCCAUAUCAAAGCCGAAAUCUGUGAUGCGGGAUUUGUGUACACAAAUCCAAUCUGUCUAGCAGUAGAGGACUGCAGGCAGAUGCAGCGCCUGAGUAGGGGCGUUUUGCUGUAGACACCUAGCAAGGCAGGCAUAUCCUCUGUAGGUGAUACAGCAUUACAAAGUGCCGGCGAAACGCGGCUGAUUCUCUGGGUUUGCCCUCUUGCAAUACAGGGACGAUUUGUGGUCACAAAUCAGCAUCACAGAUUUUCAAUAAUGCCCCUUUUUGGUAUGGGGAGGGGGGAUUUUUCCUCACAAUACUGGUGAAAGCCUUCACGGAGCAGCUGACGAGUGUUCGGAAAGCAAGGUUAUCAAAUGUAAAAAUGUCUGGGUCUGCUGGAACGAUGCAAGGUUUGUCAUGCACAUUUUGCAUGAGUCCUGAUGUCUGUGAUGCAUGCCCUAGCGUCACAGAUUAUGCGAGGGCUUUCUGAUGCCUAUAGCGCAUUAGAAAUGCCCUCUCGCAAUGGCAAAAACUGGACCUCUUUUGCUGCUCAUGCAAUACAAAUUUUUUUAGAAUCCAAAAACAGCAUCACAAGUUGCAAUCUUCCAGACCCAGACAUUUUUACAAUCCAUAAAGGUUUGAGAAGCAACUGAAAACGUUCGAGCGGG